AUGGCAUCAGAAAAAUGUCAGAUUGUUUGUUCAGAUGAUGUUCAAUGUGUGAAUGAUUCAAAUGCAUUAUGUUUACACUGUCAACUAUACGUUUGUGUAAACCAUUUUCUACAACAUCAAGAAACAUUAAAAUACAAAGAAGAGUUCGAUUUUUUAAUUUCAAAAACAAUCGAAAGAAAACUAGUUCUAGAAUCGUUAGCAUCAUCAAACGUUGAACAAAAGCGUUCUCGUUUACGUUCACAACUGGACGAUUGGUUUCAACAAAUGAAUGCUAUUUAUAGAGAAAAAUACCAAGAAAUUGAUUCUAUAGUGAUUAAUGAUGAUGAAUUUGAUCGAAUAAAAUUAGAACAUUUAAAUGAUCUUAAUGGUUUUUUAUUGAAACAAAUGGAAAAACAAAAUGUCAGUGCUAAUGAUUUGAAUGAUGUUAAAUUAUGUUUAACAAAAUUAAAUAAAUCAAUUGAAGAAUUAACAAAACUAAUAAUGGAAAAUAAAGUAUCAACGUUUGAACAUUUGAUGAAUCAUUUUAAUCUUUAUUCUACAACAACAACUGCAGUAAAUUCUUCUAAUAAUCCCGUUGAUUUUACCAUCAAAGUUGAACCGUCGUUUGGAGAAAACAGCAGUGUUGACUUGACAUUAUCUAAUAUUGAAAGUGACUAUACAAAGCAAGAUAGUUUCGUUACUAAUAUGGAUCAUGAACAGCAAUGUCAGAUAGAUACCGCAAUUGAUAUUAACGAUGAACCACUUGAUGAUCCGAAUCAAGAACAACAAGAAGAUGCAACACAAAGUGAUGAUGAAGAUACACAUGAGAAGCUAGACGUCAAACUAAAGGCACAGUUGAUUCGAUCGUUUAAAACGAAUAAGUGUCCUCUUGUAUCAAAAACAGUGUUUGGAAUUUGUAAAACACAUAACAUUAAUAAUAUACCAUGUAAUGGACGACAUUUAUCUGAGAAAUUUGGAUUAAUUAAUCAUUUACAAAAUUAUCAUGAUUUCAAUUAUAAUUCAUCAAAAAAAAUUGUUAAGUUAGUAAUGGCUGCUAAUGAUUCAGCUGUUGAUACAACAAUUGAUUUAUUUUCUAAUGAAAAUGAUAUAAGUAAUCAAAAUGUAUCGAAAUUCAAAGCAAAUUGUAUGUUAAAUCGAUACAAUGUUUAUGGUAUUACACAAAAACAUAAAAUUCAAUUAUGUCAAGGAGAAUAUUUUCAUUUAAAAGAUCAUUUAAUACUUUAUCAUAAUAUAAGAGCUUCAUGUGCAACAAAACUAGUUGAAGCAGUGAUGAAUAAAAUAAAUAAAACUGAACAAAUAAUUAAACCUGAUGAAAUAAUUAUUCAAGAAAAAAUACAAUGUCCAUUACAUAUGAAUAAUUUGGAAUUAUAUGGUAUUAAUAAAAAAUCUAUUCCAAAUGCACCAUGUUCAACAAUAUUAAAAAAAUUUUAUUUACAAAAACAUUUGAGAGUUGGUCAUCAAUUAACAUUAAAAGCAACAAGAAAAAUAAUGAAUGCUUAUGAAGAAAAUCUAACAGAAAAAUUAUUUAGACAUAAUGAACACAUUGUGGAGAAAUCAAAAACAUUAACAGUAUGUAAAAACUAUUUGUUUGUUCAAUAA